AUGGCUGAACCAGACUAUCUUAAUCGUCGAGUCGAUCUGGAUCAAUUAUUUACUUGUCUUCAUGUUAUAAACACAAUCGAGGCUUGUCAAGCUCAUUUGUCGACACUCGCCAUGGCCGAUAAGGUACUUCUGAUCAUCAGUGGAUCUUUGGGUGAUACUAUAUUAUCGCUUGUGCAUGAAAAAACACAGAUCGUUAGUGUGUUUAUUUUUUGUGACGAUUCCAUUAAACAUAAAGAAUGGGCAGGUAAAUACUCAAAAGUUCGCGGUGUUUUUAACGUAGCAGAACAGCUAGUUGAAGCUGUACAGCGUGAUGCCCAAUUACUUAUGCAUCAUUUCGUUCCUGCGAAUAUAUUUACGAUGCAAGAUGUACACCAAACAUCAUUUCAAAACAUUGACAAAGAUCAAGCAAAUUUUAUGUGGUUUCAAUUACUCAUCGAUGUUUUGUCUCGGUUACCUCAGAGUGAACAAGGCAAAAAAGAAUUAAUCGAAGAAUGUCGACGUUGCUAUGCUAAAAAUGAACCGGAGUUGAAGAAAAUCGCUGAAUUUGAGGCCUCCUAUACUACUGACCAUGCUAUUCGAUGGUACACACGUGACUGUUUUCUAUUUCGCCUUAUUAACCGUGCAUUCCGAACUCGAAAUAUUGACAAUAUCUUCAAGUUUCGCUACUAUUUCGUAGAUUUGCAACAACAAUUAGAUCAUCUUUAUCAAUUACAGAAGAAAGAAUUGUCGUUAGAGACUGUCUACCGUGGCCAAAUAAUUUCGGCAGACGAAUUUCGGAAACUCAAACAUAAUAAAGGUGGUAUCUAUUCUGUGAAUACGUUUUUAUCAACAACCACCAAAAGCGAUGUAGCUUUAUCAUUUAAUUCAGGCGCUUUUGUUCGACCUUAUUUUGAGUGUGUUCUAUUCCAGAUCAAAUUUGAAAACAAGAACGAUAAACCACUGAAAACAUCUUUUGCAAAGAUACAGGAUGUAAGUUAUAAUCAACAUGAGAGUGAAGUACUUUUCAACAUGGGCAGUGUAUUUCGCAUCGGCAAUGUUGAAGCUUGGACUGAUGACUUUUGGGUAAUCGAACUAACUUUAAUCGAGCAAACUGGCAUAGAUGAAUCACUUAGGGAAUAUUUUCUGAAAAAAUAUGUUGGUGAGAGAUCGACAUUACUCGUUAUGAGUAGUUUUUUGGGUUAUAUGAAAGAGUAUACUCGUGCGAAACAGUUCUGUGAAUUACUGCUCAAAGAAGAUUCGAUUUCGAACAUUGCGAAAAUGCAGGCUUACUCUGAUCUAGGUUAUUAUCAGUAUCAAACUGGAGAUCUUGACUCAGCGGAAUCCUCGGCUCAACUAUCUUGUCAGUUACAGCUAACUACUGAUACUUUUGCGCCAGCCACCUACUCAUUAUUGGGUCUGAUCGCAGGAGCGCGUCAUCAUUAUCGCCGUGCUCUGCAAUAUCAUCAAGUGGCUGUGGAUACAGUUCGGAGCAGGAAGUUAGAAGAAAAUGAAAGUAUUGCUUUUCUGUAUAGCAAUCUAGGCAUGGCUUGGAAGGAUUUGCACCAAGCCAUACCAGCACUUUAUUGGUGCGAACAAAUAGCUUUACCUUGUCAAUUGAAGCUUUUACCAUCUAAUCAUCCUGAUUUAUUGAUAACUUUUACAAACAUAGCUGAGAUAUACAACAGCAUUGGCAACUAUGUUAAAGCUCGUAAUUACUACAAACAAUCGCUAGAAAUCCAGAAACAAAUUCUUCCACAAAAUCACAAAGAUGUGGCUAGUACCUUAUUAGGUCUUUCUCUCGUAUGUCAGAGCAUGGGUGAAUACCAAGACGCACUAGACUACUUAUCGCAAUCACAACAAAUCGUUCUUAAUUCCAGUUCUCAUAAUCAUACAGAUCUUGUGUCAACUUAUUUAGGAUUUGCUGCUGUGUACGAACUACUGGAAAAAGAUAAGAAAGCUUUCUUCUACUAUAAAAAAGCUACACAAGGAUUAUCACAAAAGAAUUCUGAACACCGAACCCAAUUGGCAACUACGUGGAACAACAUUGGUUUUCUUUUAUUACAAAAAAAACAAUAUAAAUCAGCUAUGAUAUAUUUUUUCAAAGCAUUAACACUUGAAAGAAAGUUUCUUCCAGUUCGAGCUACACUGGGACUCACCACAUUGAGCAACAUUGGUAUGGUCUAUCAGGAACUUGGACUACUGAAAAGAGCGUUGUUUUAUCAUCGGUACGUUUUAACCAAGCGUAAAACGUAUUUACGUCCACGUGAUCCAGGCUUGGCAACGACCUGGGAUAAUAUUGGUGCUGUUUUAUGUAAGGCUGGCCAGUGUAGAAAGGCAAUCGUGUAUCACCAACGUGCGCUCACUAGUUAUGUACUUAACCUGCCUCUUGAUCAUCUGGUAACGACCUGCGUUUGUGAGCAUCUCGGUGACGCCUAUCGUCUUCUGGGUAAUAAACGAAAAGCUAAACAAUACUACAAUGAACCCGAGCGGAUGGCUCGAGGGCAUUUGCGAAAAGUUGAAAAAUAUAGAAACAAAGAGAUAGAGUCAGAUGAAGACAUGAUUAUUCAUAAAAGAAGAUAA